AUGUCAUCUCCACAGAUGAAUGCUAUCAAUGCUGUUGCAUCACAUCAACAACAAAUGCAGCAACAACAACCUCAACAAAUGCAACAACAGCAACAGCAACAACAGCAACAACAACAACAACAACAACAACAGUUUAUGGGUACACCACCUCCUCAACUGUUAAUGACUACAACGCCACAACAAUUACAACAACAGCAACAGAUGAUGAUGGCACAAAAAACUCCAAUAGAUGAUAAGAUUGAUAAGUUGAUGGCACUCAACAGUGAGUUGUUGCAUCUUGUCAACACAGCAUUGUCAACACAGCAGCAGCAUAUAGACCGUGCAUAUGCCAUCAAAGUGGAGAUCAGCAACGCCUUGCGUGAUCUGCAUAAUGAGAUUGUCAAUGCCAACCUACUCUAUAUCUCGCCCAUCUUUGAACCGGCCGACUUUGAACUGGCCACCACUACGCUACCAAUCAACAGUGACCUCUUCCACAAACAACUGACUCCCGAUACGAUACAGAAGCAGAUGCAACAAUGGGACAACGUGCUCAAAGAGAAGGACAAGAUUGCCAAGAACCUAGAGAGAGUGCGAAGCUCAUUGAAGUGA